CGCGACGACCCUACGAACCGAACAGCGAAGUCACGGGACGGACGGCAGGCGGGGGACUGCACGUGCAUGCGCAGUCGCGUGGCAAGUGCUGUGCUCAGGCCUGCAUUCUGGCUGGUAGCGUAUCGGUCGUCGAGAGGUGCGCGCGCACGCGCGCGCGGUUCGCGCUGGCUAUGGUGUACGGAGAAUUCCGCUGCAUCAUCUGCCCACAACGGUGCGGGUGACCUGCAUUUCCGGAGGAAGUGGAACCGCCGUCUCUUUCCCAUCCAUUCGUCCGUCCAUUCCGAGCGGACAUCAGACAAAGGAGAGGGGAGCACAGGGAAUGACGACGCCACUUGUGCCCGAUUUGUCCAUCAUCGAUCUGUCGUCCACUGAUCGGAUCGAUUGGUGUGUGCCCGCUGAAGUUGCGACGUCUCCUGCUUGUUGCUAUUCGUUGGCAUCGGGGCUGGCUCGGUUUUGUAACUGGCGCUCGAAAUGCAGUAGCUCUGCUGCAGGGUCGUCGCUUCUGUGCGCGUUUCUCUGCGUGUAGGACCUGGCGUUCAUGAGUGUGUAUGUGUGUGUGCGUGCGUGCGUGUCUGUGGAAGGGAAAAGCCGGUGAGUACCAUGUCAUCAGCUGGGACGUGAUCGCGCCCUUCAUUGGUCUCGCUAGAGAUAUCGCUUUUGAUUGUGUGGCCGAUUUCCGUACCUACGGGCGCGGACGCGUGUGUAGUGGCCAGCGGUUAGCCUGCCGCGUUGUGGUGGUUUGUGCGAAGGUGCGGCCGAUUCCUCACCUGGGCGGAAUUCUUAUCUUUCUCCCUCUUAUUGUGUUGUCAUUGAUUCUGCCGCCUCAAUUCUUUAACUUGUGUCCUGUAAUGGACGACGAACAACGAGGCGGGCAGAACAAGAGGCGCACACUUGCGCUGUUCCCGUCAUUCUCACACUUACAGUAAUUUACUCUCUCUGGCCGAUCGACAUUUGAUCGAGGAAGAGGCAAGCGCUCUCUCUGUCUGUCUCCCUGUCUCUUCUCUGUCGUUCCCUCUCUCGUGCUGUCUCUCUUCUCUCAUCAUUCCCUCUCUUCUCUCUCCGAUCCCCUUUUUCCAUCUAGAUGACGCGUCUCUCUGCCCAAGAAGACCGCGGGAGCAUCUGAUUGUCGAUCAACAUCCUAUCGCUUUCAGUAAUUGAGAAAAAGGUGUUUUCGAUCGGUCGCGUGCUUGGUGGUAUAUUAUACAGUACAGUAUCUUAUAAAAGGUGUUGCUUGGUCAGCUGGGCGGAGGGCGGAGUGAAUUGGUCGAGGACGACAGGGGAGGAGGGACUGCAGCGAGGGGAAAGGGAAGGUGAAUGAUUGCCAUCUUGUGCGGGUGGAUCGUUAGAUGAUGAUUGUGCAGUCCUGGCGGUGUAGUUCUCUGGUUAAAAAGAAGACGAAAAGGAAUUGUUGUGCUACUGGGCGCUAAGGGGGUAAGUAGUCCACGAGUGGUGGGAGGCGACGAGUGCUAUGGGAGACAAUCAGGGUGCUUCAGCGACGAGACCACUUGUGGGUGUCUCAAGCGGCAGCGCGAGAGGAGACGUCUUUCAUAUGAAAUCCUCGUUGAUUGCCGCGGUAGUUGGUGGUGGCGCGGUAACGUCAACAAGAAAUGGCGGGAAUCGUGCGUCGUUCGGCAGCAUCGCCAACGUUAUUUCUCCACCCUCUUGUUCCUCCUCCCCUUUAGCGUCAUCACCAUCAUCGUCGUCGUCGUCAUCACCAUUAUCGUCGUCGCCAUCAUCAUGUAUGUCGCCGGAGACGUGUGCACCGGAGUCUGCUUCUUCUCCCUCCUCUUCUUCCGGCGAUGGCGAAGAGAAAUCCGUUUGGUCGUCGUUUCCAAGAGAUCUGCUUGCUGGAGCCAUCCUAGGAGGCAUCUCUCACACGAUAGUAGCGCCUGUGGAACGAGCGAAGCUGCUGCUGCAAACGCAGAACAGCAACCUCCGUGUUCUGCAAGGCGGAAAGGGGCAGUACUCGGGAAUGGUGGAUUGCAUCCUGAGAGUGACGAAGGAGGAGGGAUUUCUUAGCCUGUGGAGGGGCAACGGAAGCGGGGUGUUGCGGUACUACCCCUCUCUGGCAUUCAAUUUUGCAUUUAAAGACUUGUACAGAGGUCUUCUUGUGCCUGAUUACGAUCCGUCGAAGUCCAGUUUUUGGAAAUUUUGCCUGGGCAAUCUGGUCGCAGGCGCCGCCGCGGGUUCUACAAGCCUACUUCUUCUCUACCCUCUGGACAUCGCGCACACGCGCCUCGCCGCCGACACGGCGGACUUGCGCCACGGCGGGAGGAGGGAGUUCAAUGGUCUAUCGCACUUUCUCCGGACUAUCUACAGAAAAGAGGGGAUCAAGGGACUCUACAGAGGCUUUCCCGCCUCGAUUCACGGCAUCAUAGUGCACAGGGCUGUCUAUUUUGGCGGUUUUGACACUGUUAAAGGGGUGUUGGCGGGCGAGAAGCGGGCUCUUGGUCAUGGCGGGGGGGCAGGGAAGGGGGUCAGUGCGGGUGGCCCGCUGGGGAACCUGCGGGACGACUUUCCGUUUUGGCAAAAGUGGGCCAUCGCGCAGGUCGUUACCACUGCCGCGGGCCUUGUUGCUUAUCCGUUUGACACCGUUAGGCAUCGCAUGAUGAUGCAAUCUGGCGCCAACGAGGUGCAGUACUCCAGCACGUUGGAAUGCUGGAGGACUAUCGCGAGACGUGAAGGAUAUUCAGGGUUUUUCAAGGGUGCAUUUUCGAAUAUGGUCCGAGGGACGGGCGCGGCGCUGAUCUUAGUUUUAUAUGAUGAGCUGAAACAGUUCAUGCAGGAAAGGGUGUCGGGUGAAAGGGUUUCCGGGGAUCGCGAGUCGGUUGCCGCGGCUCCAGGCGUCCCCAGGUCUGCUCAUCGACGGAUGGAGCUGAAGGCCUCCUGAUUGAUGUGAUGUUGUCACAAUUGGUGUUUGAUUGAUUCAUUGAUUGAUUGCUAUAUCGGCUCGGGAUUUAUUGAUGGGUAAUCUUGAGUUGAUUGAUGAGUGUUGAUUCUUUGCUGCUAUUUACCGAUCAUCCUGUCACCAACUCCUCUUGGCUCGCAUGUCCUCUUUCUCCUGGUCCCCGGAACACUGCUUCUCUUGGUUGGUAUAUUUCAAGGGAGACGAGCCGUUGUUGAUGUCGACUUUUGUGCUCACAAGUAGCUGUAGAGUUUCACCUUGUUAGAUGGAUUUUUCUUAUUUAGUUUCGCGAUUUUUCUUCACAGGGCUGAGAGCAUCCACGCGCGUGCGAUUGAGAGGGCGCGGUGGGGUAAACGCGCUCAGAGGGAACCGGUCACAGGUAAGAGAACGUGUGGCACGGUGGGGUGAGUUUUGGGUCCCAUCCUUUCUGGCUUCGGCUUCUGUGUGUGUUAUUGGAAAUUCUCUCUAUACGGCGGCCGGCUUACGUGGGAAUCCUCGGCCGUUGGCGGCGUGAGGAGAGAGGGGGGGAGGCGGGGGAGUGGGAACCCCUCUCCGUUGACGGCUUUCAACGAAGGCGAAGUGAAGAGCGGCGUGAGAGCGGGGUCAGGGGUGUGUAUGGAGUUCCCUAUGAUUUUCUGCUGAUGUUGUGUUUCAGCAUUUCUCGACUAUUUUGUGUUUAAUGAGGAAUAACGAGCCAGUGUGUUUGUUUCUACAUUGGUAGGCAAUAAGGCGCCGUAAAGAUUCACAGGCAGCGAGCGUGCAAGGCGCGGCAAAAAAUAUCGUUGCUGUGCACAUGAUAUUUUGGGGGUCAGGCGAGAGGGAGAGAGCACCAGAGAUGAUGUCGUGUUGCCAGUGGGCCCUCACGCAAUGAUAUGAUUCAUCGCCCAGCAAGAACGUUGGGUUGGCGGAAGGGAGGGAUAUAAAGGGUAUCCCGAAGAAAAGAGCGGCAAGACGCCGAACCAUCAUUACGUUACGUGGUCUUCGCUUCUCCACGCGGUUCCCAGAGUGAGUGAGAGAACUGACUGAUUCGUCGUUUUGGGUGGGUUAUCGAUCUGCAGGCCUAGGGGGGGGCGAGGGGUAACGCUGCAUGGCCGCAUCUUUUUUUUGAGAAUGCUCUGUAUAUUCCGCCGUAGGCUGCCUGCUUGUUUGCAGUGAGGCGAAGUGGGAAGAAGACUCGAAAUAUUCUUCCCGCAUAUCUCACCCCAUGUCUAUCGUACAACGCUAUUGAUCAAAUCCAACCUUAAUCGAAACUCUCCCGCCGCCUCCUGCUUUGAAGACGUAAAUCGACCAUUUCUUCCCCGUUCACGUCCCUCGUCGCCCAACGCUUUGUACUGCGCGUUACUGAUCCGACCACGCGGUGAGAGAUGGUCUUUUCUCGCUUGAUUCUGUUCUCCCUCCCCGUCGCUUUUCCGUACAAUCCCGCACUCGGUUAGCUUCUCUUUGAUUACGUUUUUUUCUCUUUGUUUGGACUUGUGUGUCUAGAGUAUGCCUUGCAUGCCCAAGGCGUAUUCGUGGCGGGAUCUCAAAGAAAGAAGAUUGAAACAGGAUCUAGCGGAGAUUUCAGGUCUAAUCUAGCGGAGAUUUCAGGUCUACCCCCGGAAUGUCAAGAGAGCGCGUUUGCGCGUGUUGCUCGCGGGCGCGUCGGUCUGCCUAUCGUCCCCUUGUGGUGGAUCCAACCAAUCGGCGGAGGGCGGGAAUUGAUGUUGUCAUUUCUCAAUGGCUGUCAUCAAGUUUACCGUCGAUGUAUUUUUCCGACCCAUUGUUGUAGCAUAACAUCGCUUAGGAUAAUAAUUUCUUUUUUUUUUCUUUUUUUUUUUCUUUUUUUUUUUCUUUUUUUUUUUUUCGGUUGUUUGCUUUCUAUCGUGCUAGACUUUGAUGAAGCAUGAAUAGAUGUCUUUCAGCGUGCUCUUCCAGUCAUGUUUUCUGUCUUAUCGUUUCUUUUUUUUUCUUUCAGUCUGAUUUGCACAGACUGACUUUUAGGGAAAGUGUCGUCCGAACGGACGGUGCGAAAUAGCUGAUUUGCCCUUUACACGGCUUGCGAACUCUACUCGCUUUGCGCUUUUUGAGUUCUCUUACCUAUUUGGGGGGCCUUCACUGGAUCAAGUGACACCAGCUUUCCCUGUGGACUUCAGGCAACUAUGGGCUGUGAGCCGAGGAAGAGGAAGGGGCAGGGUGGGUUGGCCACUCGUGCUGUUGGGUGGAUCCCAGCCAUCCAUCAGAGCGCAGUUUUUUUCCCUCAGGAGGUGGGUUAUAUUCCACAAGAUCGCGUUUGUUAGAUGUGGAUGAGACGACUAAUCGAAACGUACCGUCCGUUUGGAUCCGUGAAGCUGUUAGUGUUAGUGUCCACCGGGAUGAAAGGGGCUUGCCGAGAAACCUGUGUGCGCAGGUAUGGUCUUGUCAGGCAAUCAUGCAAGCGGGCUGUUCUUUCCGUUCCGAUUUGCGGCUAAGGCAUGCGCCUUGAAUUCGCAAUUACUCUCUGCGUCUCCGCUUCUACCCUUCCCGCGUUUCCAUCACGGCCUCCAGUUGCCCUCCCCCUCCGCCCUGUCUCUGCUGUGCGCGCGUCGUUCUGGUUCAAGGCUCACUUAAACUGAAGGCAACGCCUCGGCAAUUUUUUCACGACCUGUCUAACACUCAACUACGGGGUUGUUUGUGCAGAUGCGCGUGGUGGGGCAGAUUUGAAGAUGCGCGUGGUUGGGCAACUUGGGGGUCCUGGAUCUUGCUGUGGGGAAGGAAAGGAGAGCGGCUAACCACUGGGGAGUGGGGGAAUGCAAAGCGGUUUGUCAUAAGUGGGGCGACGAAUGACCAAGAGAUGAUGGUGUACCCAAGAGGGAUAGAGGAUAGAGCUUAUCAUGUCUGACCCCAGCGUGGUGUACAGCUCGGAAGGUGUGUAUGCGACUCUCUACGCCAGGUAUUAUCAUCUAUGCGACGUUCUGCGUGGGGGUAUUCCGGUAGCCAAAGGAAAUCGAGAGCAUGCCGUUUUGGCUUCAUUCAUUCUCGGCAAGGAGCUCAGCUGGUGGACGACGGCCGAGAGUUAAAUGUAUAGACUGUGGCUCAGGAUUGUCAGUGCAAAAGAGUGACGGGUUGUGGUGAGGGAGGGAGUCGGGAAUUCCAUGGGUGAUGGGGGGUGUCGGGAACUGGAAUGGGGGGGGGCUGGAAUGUGCCGUGAGGAGUGUAAUCGCCGUCCAUCGGUGGUAGAAAGAAGGUGAUGUGAUUAAUUUGCAGGAAAAC